GUCGCAGACCACCCCGCGGCGGAGCCGGGCCACUCGCGAGUACUUCUCUUGCGAGCCGUGGAACGCGCUCGUCUCAUCGGGGGGGCGCAGGGCCCUCCCGAGAGGGCCCCCCUCGCCUUCCCGGGAGGCCGCCCCCGGCCCUCCCCCCUUGGCGCCUGGCCCCCCCGGGGCGCGCCGCCCCCCGUCGCACAUCCGCAGGAAGCUCAUGAGCGCGCCGCUGAGCAAGGACCUCCGCGCCAAGUACGGCGUCCGCUCGCUCCCGAUCCGGCGGGACGACGAGGUGAUGAUCGCGAGGGGGCACUACCACGACCGCGAGGGCAAGGUGACGCAGGUAUACCGCAAGAAGUGGCGCAUCCACAUCGAGCGCGUCACGCGCGACAAGGCCAACGGCCAGACCGUGCCCAUCGGCAUCCACCCGUCGAAGGUGACGAUCACGAAAAUCAAGCUCGACAAGGACCGUAAGGCGCUGCUCGACCGCAAGGGCGGCAAGGGCAAGAAGGGCCAGAAGUACACCGACAAGGACAUGGAGAAGUGAGCGAGGACUGGCAGUGGACUCUGGACCGGAGCGCUCCGUCUCGGUCUCCCCCUCCUCCUCGGGGUCGCAUCCACUGGCUCAUCGUCCCGUGCCCUCGCCGUGCGCACCUCUGGGCGCCUCAGAGGAGCCCCUGGCAGGUACGCCUUCGGGCUGCUCGGAGAGAGCUUGCCGGCAGGUGGCCUCGGGCGACUCAGGGAAGCGUUCUGGUAGCUGCAUUAGGGGAUCGACUACAACCUCAAUUUUUUGUCUCAGGCGAUCUUGUGAAGAACCCAACUAUAUGCAGUUGUGAGUACCGCAAAUGUGCG